AUGGAAAAUAAAGUAUUCUACAUUCAAUACCUCCACAGCCAACCAGUGAAAAUCGAAACCCACUUCAAUGGAGAACUAGAGAGAAAAAGACCGCUUGACAAUGUCUCAAAACUGAUUGCAGCUUACAAGACUGUCACCACUACCCUCCUUGGUGCUAUUCCUGUCAACGAGCUCACUCUCCAUUAUGUGGUGGAUGGUCCAGCCAUUGCUGUGGAUGUGCUCCUGACCUCCAUUCAAAAUUCUUUUGGUUCUUACGACCAUCCACUGAUAAUCAAAUCAAAAGGUGAUUCUGGCCAAAGUCUUGUCAAUCAUCUUACAGUAAGACUCGAUAAAUUUUUAUCAAACACUUUGGCAAAUAUUGAAAAAAAUCUUUCAGAGUCAUCUACUACUGAAAUCAAAAGAAACUAUCCUAAAACACCUUCGCAUGUUGGACGGUGGGAAAGCUUUUCAACAGAUGCAAAAGCAUAUGAAUAUCCUGCUACUCAUGUUGGGAGUGAUGUUGUUUUGCCUGUUACAAGGAGAGUUGCAUUCACACUGGAAAGAGAUGUCAGCAGGGCUGUUGGAAACCAUUUGGAUAACUUCAACAGAAUAUUUCAAGACCAAGGAAAGACGCACAGAUUCCAAACCAAACCCACUGCUAUCCCUUUAAACUCUGGAACACCAACUCAAACAGAAAAGUCUAUCAAGUUUAUUGGAGUUCCAGAUAACGUUCUCACUCUUGGUUCCAAAGUGUUGUCAUUUAUUGAAGAAAAGACUCCAAAUGAUUUGCCGGCUCGUCAUUUUGCAAGCGGAAACCCAUUUGAUUUGCUGGAGAUGUAUAAAGAAGAUAUACAAUACCAACAAAGCAAAAUAACCCGUGAGGACAUUGGACGUAUGGAUGUGUGCACAGUGAUUGAUCAAGUUUACGGAUAUCUCUCAUUGAACAAUCUGAUCUAUGGGUGUGUAACUUGUUAUGAUGUUACAUAUUUUCUUUGGCGACCCAAGAGAAGCACUCUUCUUAUCAGCCAUCCCAUUUUCAAUAAUUCUCAUUCGCCUAGUCUUCUUCAAGCACUAUAUUACUUUGUUCAGCUUGCUUUACGAGACUAUAAAAAACAAACGCUAGAUCCCAAUCCAAAGGACUCUGAUAUGCCUGUGGAACUUAACGCCAGCAAUGAAAUGGAUACUGAUGAACAUAAUGCGGAUGAACAAUCAGAAUCAGGCAGUAACUAUUCAACCGCAGGCCAGGGAAAAGAAACAAAUUAUAGUUUGGACAAGAGCAAAGGAACAAAAUAUAACCUUAAUCUCGAUUCUCUUCAUUACGGUACCGUGGUUGGAUCUGGAGCAACUGGUCAAGUCAUUCGACUCAAGGACAGCAACAUUGUUGUGAAGCAAUGUGAUUCUUAUAACAAUCCUGAAGGAUUCAAAAUGCUGAAGAACGAAAUAUCAAUUUACGAAAAGCUUUCCCCACUCAAUCUAAAGUAUAUUCCUCGUUAUUAUGGACAGUGCGAAUAUUAUGGGCAACAUUUCAUUGCGUUGGACUAUAUUCCCGGAAACCAUUGUGAUUGGAGAGCAAACAGUGAAUUGAAGAAAAAGUUGAAUCGUGUUAUUCGAGACUUGAAAUCGGUUGGCGUGGUUCAUCAGGACUUGAGACCAGAAAAUGUGCUUUUAACUCAUGAUGGGGAUAUCAAAUUGAUUGAUUUUGGUAAAGCAGAGAUUAAAUAAAAAGUUGGGUUUCAUGU